GGUCAAACUGCCUCCAUCAUCAGGGCGCUGCGUUGCCAUGGAGAGUAGCCGUUCACCUGCGCAGCGCACCAGGGGCGGAGCGGCGCUUAUGAAGAGCGUGUCUCUGUUCGUGACGAGUGGACGCAAAGCGUCGGCAGCUGCAGCCUGGAAAAGAAGGGUGAGCCAGCGUCAGGACGGCGGCGAGAGGAUGGCCGAGGAAAAACUGGAGAGAAACACACAUUUUACCAGGCAAGAGAUUGAAGCUCUGGUGCGCGUGUACCAGAAGCUUGUGGUGAGGAACGGAAGCCCGGCCGUCGGACAAACAUCUCCCACGGCUGCCCACGAGGUAGGUACAUAUACGAGGUCGCCGUAA